AUGGCGCUUGGACAUUGCCAAAACUAUACAGGCUUUCAAUUUAUCGAUAAUUUCCAGUUCGUGUACCAUGUCAAAAAUAAAGGAUUGAAAAAACAUAAAUAUAGUGAAUAUUACUGUGGGCAACAAGGCCACUUCCAAACACUGAUUCUGUUGGCCUGUGACCCACAUGCUACCUGCUGCUCUACGCAACACCUGCAGAAUACGACAGGCGGCCUCGAUGACCUCUGGAGCACGCUGCGCAAAAGAAACACGUGGUGGGAGGACGUGGACGCUGUGUCGACGGCUCUGCCCAACCUUCGCGUCACGCUGAGGUUCUGCACAUUUAUGGUGAGUAACUUCACGUCCUUUGAAAACAACAAAGGCGUUCUUCUCCUGAAGAGGAUGGCAGCGGGAAUCGACCCGGUUCCCGAUCUCUUGGUGACCGGAUAUUCUUCCUGGACUCUGUCAAUAAUGGACUGGGGAUCCACGAUUCCUUACCUCAGUGUCAUGGACCGCGCGAGGGAGGGCGUGAGCCGGCUGGCCUCGCUGUUCCACCGCCUGUCGCUCCGGACUCGCGUCCUCGUGCUGUCGGAGAGCAGAGUGAAGCCGUUCGCGCGGCAUUUCCAUCCUUGGCGCUUCUACGUCUUCUCCGAUAGUAACGUCGAGUGGGUCGAGAAGAUGUUCUUCCAUUACCUUCAGCAGGUAGAAGAGACUCAGAUCCGAGAGAGACGGUCGCCCUCGGGCUCUCGGCCGGAGAGCGACUGGCUCAAGGCCGACUCGGAGGGCCUCUGGUGGUGGGACUCGUCCCUGCCUCAUGGUCUGGCCGUUAGGGCUCUGUGCGCGGAGCUGCACGCCGAAAACCUCACUCUCAUGCCGCAGUACGGCCGCUUGCGGUGCAACGACACCAACCACGCCGGCGAAACAACGCUACAAGUGAGGGCGACUAUGUUGCUCAACCUCGUAUGCAACGCAGCUGUCACUUUGCAAGCUGACAAUGUUUGUUGCCAGUAGAUGUUCAUUUAUCCAUGAAUACCUCGCUUCCAAGAAACAUAUUAUUCGUUCUUUUAUUUUU